CCAAUCAGCGCGCUCGCUGAGCCAAUUUAAAUGGCCGCACCUGCUGCAAAGCAAAAUUGUGAGUUCUCGUCCUGUUUUGUACACAAUUCACGCGGACCUUUGGACUAAUUCGUAUUUUCUUUGACCAGACAACGUGAAUUGACUCAAAGAAACGGUUUGGCUUGGCCUGAUUUCGUCUAUGAAGCCGUGAGGACAUGAAUGGGGGCAGAGACGAUGCUUUUCGCACCAUGUACCAGUUGUCCCCGGCGCAGUUUUCCGAGAAAAUCGCCCGAGCCCGGGGGACAGCGGACGAGGGGCAAAUCUACUCGAUGCAAAUGCUCAUGGAGAACACGAAUUUUGAGUACAUCACGGCUGAAGACGGUCCCUUGAAAAUCGAGCUGCGAGACAAGCUGCAAGAUUUGGUGGAGUCGUGGGUGUGCUCGACGCCGGUGUCGAGAAAAUUCUACUGGUACACGAUUCACAUGCUGGUCACCAGGUCACUGAAGGCACCGCAAAAUAUUGAGAAUCCAGCUAGAAAAGUGGCCGAUGCGUUUUUGGCUCUGGCAAAAUACGCCGGAAAUAUUUUCUCCAACCCUUGGAGGCCCGAAUUCCGGCAGAUAACUCUCUUUGGAGGGUUCUGGUACCACGAAGUGGGAGCUGUGCUGGAUAACCCAAAUUGGAUCCUCAGCAAACUCGGAUAUGCACCUACCAGAGAAAACGAGCACAUUUGGGAACUGUCUUCAGACAUUUCUGUUGAGACCCUGGGCGAAAUCCACUGGGCCUCCCUGGAUUGCUUCGUGGCUGCAGUCGAGUGCCAGAUGAUAUCUCGCAUCUUAAACUCUGUGCUAAGCCAAGAGCCGAGCGUGAGCCUGGACGAGGUGCUGCAGUACCGAGAAGCACACGUCGGCUCGUGGGAGUACGCCGUGCAGGGCCUUCUGUACCAGGCGCGCGCCCAGCGUUACGCCUCGCACUCGCAGCCCUACCCGUACCCCCUCCCUCAUCCCCCUCCCCCUCCUCCUCAUCAGCAGCAGCAUCAACCUUGGUACCACCACCACCACCAACAGCAGCACCAGCACCACGCCGCUCAGGUGCCGCAAGUGCCGCCCCCUCCGCAGGUCUACUGUCCGCCGGCGGCACCGCACGAGGAAGCGCUCUACUACAACCACCUGCAGCACCAACAGCCGGCGCCGCAGUACUACCCGGCCACCUACCAGCAACAAAGCCCAACCUACCUUUCCUACCAGUAUCCGCAGCCGGCGCCGCAGCCACCCCCUCCCCCUCCGCCCCAGCAGCAGCAGCAGCAGCAGCACUACGCCCAACCCUACUACGAGCAGUUUGACCCCUAUCACCCGCAGCCUCCGGUCAAUCAGCUGGAACAAAUGCAAAUCAAGGAAGAACCAAAGAGAGAGGCGAAGCAGCACCGGCCGGAGAGCUCAUCAUCUCGGAAGCACUCGCGCGCCAACUCGAUGGACGCGGCCGCCGACCGGCACGCUGCUCUGAAGAAAAAGGAGGAGAAAAAGGACCACACGUGGGACUACGUGUACUCGGACCUGAGCUCCAAGGGCUACACCAAGGACCUGGGCUCGCGGCCCAACAUCCUGUCCGCCGCCGAGUCGAAGCGGGAGCAGCAGCAGCAGCAGCCGCCCCCUCCCCCUCCGGCGCCCAAGGAAGAAAAGGAGGGGAAGCAGGAGGGUGGUGGCGACGCGCUGGAGUGGAAGUGCAACGCGUGCACCUUCCUGAACCGCGCCGAGAGCAAUAUCUGCAGCAUUUGCUUCAAGUCGAAAGACCCGGUGCCCGAGGUCAAGGUGCCCAACUUCGGCCCCGAGUGUCCAAAGUGCACCUUCAAAAACUAUGUCGGACGCGACUACUGUGAUGCGUGCGGCGCCCUCCUCCGCUCGCCUAGUCUCGUCGAAGACCUUGUUUGAACCCUUUUCUUUGUUUGUGUCCGCCAGGUGCACCAGUUUCGUUUGUUAAUCAGAGUUAUUUAAUCGUUGAUCUUAUUGUUUUUCUCCUUUAACCUGUGACAUACCAGGACUGUGAAUUUUAGACCAAUGAACGUUUUCUGGGCUUCCAGCCAUUAAAUUAGCACAAAACAUGCAAUUUAAAACAUUUUUCAGAGAUUAAACAGUUUGAAAGCAUAUUAAACUAAAAUUUCUCGGAAAAGCUGUUUUUCCUGGAAAAUAACCAAAUUAGGGCCGUAUAUUUUGAAAAAUAUCCAACGAAAAGAUAAAAUCUUGACUGCAAGUCGUUAAAUUUCUGUACGUGGUUUUCCCAGAGCACUUUUCUAUUGAAAAUAUUUGGAAAACAUGUAAUUUUCCACAAGUGGAGCACAUCAUUCGAUUCAUCUCACUAAGCAGUAUCAAAAAAUGUAAAAUUUAUUGGAAUCUGAUUAAGUUUUUCCUUUCCCCAAUUUCCCGUAAAAGCCAUUUUAUCAAUUGACUCGCUCUUAUCAAAUUUGAUAUAGCCAAACUAAAGCUUCAUUUUAUGAAAACCACCUGGGAAAAAAUUACAGCUUACAGAAAGCCAUCAAAGUCCUGCACGCGAUUUUCCCAAUAAACGUUUCCGCUGGAAAUUGUGGAAAAUCCUGAAUUUUACUAUAAAUAUGCAAGUUCCGCAUUAUUCGAUGCGUCUCACAGAGCAGAUUCCAAAAAUUUAAAAUUUUUAGAAACCCGACCACUUCAAUUUUAUUUUCUCCCCAAUUUCCCGGAUAAGCCGUUUCAAAAAUUGAUUCUUAUUUUGCGGCAGAAAGAAAUUUUGAAAUGGUGAAAAUUUAUGAAAGACUGUUUUUGAAAAAUCAAAUUGUUCCUUCUAGCCGUUACAUUUCUGCAUGUGAAUUUCGCGGAAAAUUUCGGAAAAAUCCCGAUCUGUUUCUAAAUUAUUGAAAUGACACAUCAUUCGAUUCGUCUCAAUGAGUUGAUUUCAAAAAUGUAAAUUUUAUUGAAAUUCGCCCACUUUAAAAAAUCAUGGUAGAAGUGGAAUCGAAAAUAUUUUGUCUAAAAUUCACAGCCCUAGAUAUUAAGAAUUCUGAGGAAAUGCAUUUGCUUUUUGAAUUAGAUAAAUAAUCUCCUAUGAAAGUGCCUUUACGAAAUUACAUCCCAAAAAUUAAAAUAAUAAUUAUGCUUCCAAAAUAAGUCAUGAAAUUCGCCCCGUGUGCAAUAUAAUAAUUAUGUUUCCUCGUUUGCUUCCUUUGUGCCAUAGGCUGAAAGCGAAUGUAACACGUUGACUGAUGUGAGAUCACUAAAAAUCUUAAUGUGUACAAUGGGCUGUUAACACUAAAAGAUUUCAUAAAUAAAAUCUCGUUAACUUUAUUUAUUCCAACAAUUUCGUCUUCAUUUUAACACACACAGCUUAGCUUACCCCCAUACGUUUGAAAAUAGUUGUUAUUAAAUAUUGCUUUAGUUUCUUUCAUUGCUUUUCAAGGAAGCUCUCGCAGUAUUAAAAAUAUAUAUUUUUUUAAUUUUUCUGAGCCUUAAUAUACCAUUACGGUGAUUGGAAAAUAAUUAUUAUACAACAAACAAUAUUUUAAAUCGAU